AUGAAGUUCCGAGAUCACACUUUGGGUAACGACUGUGUGUUUACUGUGCCGGAGAGAUACACAAACCUACGCCCUGUGGGAAGUGGGGCUCAUGGCACUGUUUGUUCAGCAGAUGACAAUAUAACGCGACAGAAAGUGGCUAUAAAGAAGCUGCUAUCCCCGUUUGAGUCCAACAGUUCAGCUCACAGGGUUUACAGAGAACUCUCUCUCAUGAAACACUGUCAUCAUCCUAAUAUUAUUCGCAUUUUCGACGUGUUUAUACCAGACGGAAAUCAGGAGACUAUGACCAACAUAUACAUUGUAAUGGAGUACAUGGAACAUUCCUUACGUGACGUUAUAACACAGUACGAAUUAACGUGCGAACAGAUAUCCUCACUAACAUAUCAACUUGCGUGUGGACUCAAAUUCCUUCAGUCUCUUGGAAUAAUGCACAGGGACCUGAAACCAGCGAAUGUCGGUGUUAAUAAAGAUCUCACCGUCAAGAUUCUAGAUUUUGGACUGGCCCGUGCAGAUUCUGUUACCUCAACCCCCCGACUAACUUACUACAUAGUAACACGGUAUUACCGAGCACCAGAGGUUAUUCUAGGAUUACAAUAUGACGAAAAAGUGGAUAUUUGGUCCCUGGGAUGUAUACUCGGGGAAAUGUUGUUCAAAGAAGUCCUGUUCAUGGGCGACGACGAGAUUGACCAGUGGCACAAGAUAACGAAGAAGUUGGGAACGCCACCCCCUGCGAUGCUACAACGAUGUUCUAGAAGGGUAAGAGAUUUUAUCGAGCAGAAAGCACAGCGACCCUCCUCAGGAAUGAUAGAUCUGUUUCAGAAGGUCAGGGAUCUGGGUCCAUCAGACCCUAGCGCUCAAUGCAACUUUGAAAAAGCGGCGGACUGCCUGGCUCAGAUGCUGACUAUAGAUCCCACCUCGAGAACGGACGUUGCCAAAAUAUUGGAGCACCCUUUUCUUCAAUUGUUCAGGUGGCCAGAAUGGGAGCAAAUGCCUGAACAGGCCAGCUUGGAUGCAGCUAGAUUUAACUUGAGGUUAUAUGACACUACGACCAUGGGUGUCAGAGAAUGGAAGGAGAAAGUGUUUCACCUGAUAACGAGCACGUGGCAGAGUUCACUUGGUUGGGAGACCCAGACGGACGGUGCAGUCUCACCGAGGCAAGCCCCCCAACCAUUAAACUCGACUGAUCUGUACAAAGUUACAUUCGCCUCCAACCUCACACUCUUCUCACCCUUGUUGGGAUACGCAGGGUACAAGGUGGUAGAGAGGUACUUCCCAGACCACACCUCCAGACAGCAUGCUCUCUGUGGAGGCAUCAUCUUCCUCAGCUCUCUUAUAGUCUCCCGCAUCCUCAAGUAGAGACACUUCACAGUUUACAACUUCAGAACUUUCUACAUACAAUUACAUCAAAACGCUUAUAUUAUUCUGCAGCUAGGGUUAAAUAAAAUGUACGAAAUACAUUGAAAAGUUGGUACAAAAAUGGAAUAUUUCGAUGGCAACGAUUGAACGAUUUGUGCGAACACACAAACAAUCGAAUUCGAUACGACUCAUCAAAGCUUCUUUUUUGUAAAUACAAAAGAAGUUCUAAGAAACGUUUCCAUUCCUUAUAGAAAAUUGAACCGUUUAAUCAAAACGUUACCUAUGUUAAGGAAAAUGAUGAGGGUUUAGUGAGCAGUUUUUAUUCUUUAGCUUACUCCUGAUUAUUUAAUCUAUGAUCGUUGGGUUUAAAGCCAAGGACUUCCACAUCUAUGUAUAAAAUAUUAAGAUCUUUACAGUAUUUAUAGUUUAAUCCGCCCGACGCUGUUGAUCGACUGUCUAAGUAAUUUUCAUGGAAUGUUUUUAAAGUUUUUAAUCAUGUCAAUAAUCAUUACAGUUUGUACAAGAUCUAUAAGCGUGUUGAUCUGCUCAUUUGAAUAAUUCAAAUUGUUGGUUUCUAUAUUACAUUUUAAAUGAAUUUUGAUUCAAAUCUUGUAGUUCAUUUUAUCAAUUAAGUAUCAUCUACGGAGAUUUAAAUACUCUAGAUCGUUCGCCCGAAAUCAUCCCGUUGAACUUCGGUGUGUGUCGAACUAGAGUCCAGAUAGCGUAAUCUUGUUCAGCAAUUAAUGUUUCCCCAACAUUUUCUGCUUGUGAUCCAACGACUCACGUCGAAUUCUUCAGUACGUGUCGAACUAGAGUAUGUGCCGAGCUAGGGUACCUUGUACGCACGGUGGCCGCCAGAAACUAGUACUGAACAUUUUUGUACGUGACCAAGUCCUGGGUUUAAUUAUGUUAUGGGGCUGGGACGCAGACAUAGGUCUCGCGACUGUCUAAAUUAUUGUGCGUUUGAUAAACAGCCAAUAUAUUCUAUCACUAGCUCCACAUUCCACUUAUAAUCGUAAUUCUUGUAUUUGUAAACCCAGAUUGUUAAUAAACAACCAACACAGUAAAGAUAUCAGUAUCACACAUAAGUGGUAAGCCUAGUCUAGGAUACAGAUUGAAGAUGGGAAAUAUGUAUGAUUCACCUAGGAACGUGGGUGAUUAUAAUAACACAAUAUCUCAAUUUUUCUAACGCCGGUGAGUAUAGUUACGUGGCAAUGCCCGAUCAGAAAGAAGACUAAGCACUAAGGAAAGGAAAUUACUCAACGAACUAUUUUGUGGAAUGAGUUUUGCGUAUGUGAAGAUCUGAAAUGUUGUGUUGCAACCACCUAACGAACAUCUUUUCUGGAUACUGGAUCUUGGAUUCAG